UCUUAUUUCUUUUCUUUACAGAAUGGGGGAUCAAAUUAUUUCGGCAUCAGAAGAAAAUAAUUCAUCAUCAGAAGUUAAGAAUUCGGCAUCUACCCAAUCAAGCAAUGAAUCUAAUUAUGAUACUCUCUUUGCUUCGAGGUACACAAAUAAUGAUGAUGAAUACAAAAGAGCGUCCAUAACCAUUUCGCAUGAACCAAUUUGUCUCUCAUCUUUGGGGUUGCAACAAUCAAAUGAAUCAGGACGUUUAUAUUCAAGAAUAAAUCAAGAGAGAAAUUAUGAGGAUCGGAAUUGGCGUCAUACUCCAUAUUGGAGAAGAGGGAGAGGAAAUGUGGAAGAAAAUUGGAAUAAUCGAAGAGAUUACAGGAGACAAUGAAGA